AUUUAUUCUACUGUUCAGGAGCGGGGGAAGGCUCGACUGACGCAGAUCACUUCUCUCCGGCCUGUUCACAAGUCUUCAAGGAUUUACUGCCAAGAUGUCCAAAGAUGUCCCACGUGAGCCGGAGCAGCUUCGCAAGCUGUUCAUUGGAGGUUUGAGCUUCGAGACCACAGACGAAAGCCUGCGGGCUCAUUUUGAGCAAUGGGGGAGCCUUACAGACUGUGUGGUCAUGAGGGAUCCCACCAGCAAGAGAUCCAGAGGCUUUGGCUUUGUUACAUACUCGUCAGUGGAUGAAGUUGAUGCUGCCAUGUCUGCCCGUCCCCAUAAGGUUGAUGGGAGAGUUGUUGAACCUAAGCGAGCAGUUUCCAGAGAGGACUCAAACCGGCCAGGUGCCCACGUAACUGUGAAAAAGAUCUUCGUCGGGGGCAUCAAGGAAGAUACAGAGGAGUCACAUCUUCGGGAUUACUUCACACAGUUUGGCAAAAUUGAGGUCAUUGAUAUCAUGACUGACCGUAAUACUGGAAAGAAGAGGGGCUUUGCCUUUGUGACCUUUGAUGAUCAUGAUUCAGUUGACAGGAUUGUCAUUCAGAAAUACCACACAAUCAACUCUCACAACUGUGAAGUGCGGAAGGCUCUCACAAGGCAGGAAAUGCAGACAGCAGGAAUGGGUAUGAGAGGAGGUCGCAGCAGCGGUGGAAGGCCUUAUGACUACGACAGAGGCUUCAAUCAAGGUGGAAGGGGUAGAUAUGGAGACGGUCCUUACAAUUGCAAUGGAGGAGAUGGUGGUGGUGGUGGUGGCGGCGGUGGCUAUGGAAGUGGUCCCGGCGGUCCUGGUGGAUAUAAUAAUGGUGGAAACCGGGGGUAUAACCAAGGUUACAGCCAGGGCGGUGGAGGAGGCGGCGGGGGCUAUGGAGGAAAUGGAGGUUAUGAAAGCAACGGUUAUGGUAACUGUGGUGGGGGCGGUGGUGGGGGUGGCGGCAAUAACUACAACAACAUGGGCCACUACGACCCCCAGGCCUCCAACUUUGGCCCAAUGAAAAACAACUUUGGUGGUGGCGGCGGCGGAGGGGGCGUUGGUGGCAGGAACUUUGGUGGCUAUGGAGCUGGUUCAAACAAUGGUGGAUAUGGCCGUUCAUCACGAUUUUGAAAUGUGAAGACUGAGUACUUAGGAGAGGAGAGCAAGGAGAGGAGAGCAAGCGAAGUGACAGGGCAGCUGCAGGUUUACCUCCUAAUCUGCUCAGCCAAACAGUUGUGGCAGGUUACAGCUGCUGCAAGAAGAGAUGUACAGUAGAUAAAUCAUGGAGGGUCUUCAUUUAAACGUUGUUGUUUUUUUGUUUUUUUUCAUCAAUGUGUUUAUGGAAAGCAAGCAUUCCAAUGAGGUUUUAUGUAGAUUUUUUUUCUUUAAGCCUGGUUUUUAUUUGUAACUGCAUCAAAUCAAGCUGAAAUAAACCAUCAUUCAGUUUUUUUACAAAG